AUGACAUACGACUCACAGAUGACGGCUAGUGGAGAGAAGCGACUCAAAAAGAAGCGCAGCGCCUUUGGUUGGCUCAAGAAAGCCUUCUCUCUUGACGAGGAAGAGCGUCUGGCAUACGAAGCACGACGACAACAGGAGACUCCCAAUAUGUACUACGACAGCAGGAGUCCCAAAUUCUUGGAUGGCAAGAGGGUGACGCCACGGUGA